CUGUUCUUGGUCAUGUAAAACUGAAGGACUUUUUCUUGCACCAAACUCUUCAAACAAUUAACGAAUCGACACAGUCAAGUUUACAACACUAUUAGUCUGUGGGCCAAAUUGACCAUACGAGUGAUACAAAAGUACUUCAUUUGACGUUCGUCUAUUAAAGCUUUUUUGGUUCGUUUUAUUGUUAAAUAUGGUGAAUUGUGCAGUUUUAAUGUGUAAAAGAAGAUCAAAAACUUCGAAAUUACGCGAACAUAAUGUCUCCUAUCACAAGUUUCCUAGAGAUCCUACAGUAAGACAAGAAUGGAGAAAAUUUUGUAAUAGAAGUAAUAAAUGGUAUCCUACACAAACAAGUGCCAUUUGCUCAGAUCAUUUUACGCAAUCCAGUUUCAAGAUAUAUUCAAACAUCAAGCGAAUAUUGAAUAAAGGAGCAAUACCUACACUUCGCACCUGCUACUGUUCGAAAACAAAACAAGAACAACAUAAUAAAAAUGAGGAGCCAUCGAAACUCCAACAGCAAACAUCGAAAAAGACACCUACCAAAAAUGUGGCAAUUUCUACGUGUAAGAAGACUAAGAGUGUUUUGUGCGAUAAAAACAAAACCAUUAAGAAAUUGCGAGAUAACAAUCGAUAUUUAAAAAACAGAGUUACUACAUUAAAAGAAAGUGUAAAAAAGCUACAAGAGAAGUCCGUAGUAAUUAAGGAAGAAAGUACAUUAGAAGAAAAUGAAACUUCAGAAAACAAAAACACGAAAAGGUCAAGGAACAUGAGCAAAGAUCAAGGGGAAGUUGCCCUUCCAACGGAAUGCGGAUUGGCGGAAUGCCGGACAUGUCUCCAGGCAAUUGAUAAUAACUCAGUUUUGGUCGAUUUAUUUCAAUGCUGGGUACCACCUUGGGAUGGAAUGGAGUCUACUAUAGCUGAGGAUUUAGCAAAACUCGCCAAUGUUCAGAUCACACAAACAGAUAAAUAUUCGAAAGUUAUAUGUGAGCCUUGUUGUCUAAAACUACAGAGUGCAUGUGAUUUUGCAUACAUUGUACGAAAGAAUGAUAGAUUACUUCGCCAGAAACAUCCACAGUCACCUGAAAAUAUUGACAACAGUAACAAGACAAUAUGGCCUAAACCCAUUCAAAUAGAUAAAAAUAUUAAUGGGACAUAUGAGAAUUAUGGAGACGUUGAAAUCAAGCAAGAAGUGAUGUCAGAAGAUGAAUAUAUGGAUGAUAAUAAAGAGGAAAUGGCCAGUUUAGAAAUUAAAAUUGAACCCGAAGAGCUAAUGCAACCUAUGUUAUUGCAACCACAAGAAAAUGAACAAAUUGAUGGUGCACAAUCACCUUAUCUGGAGUUAAAUGGCCAUGUUUUUCAUGAGUCAAAAGAGGAAAUUCCGUUAACAAAUGGUAAUGAUUGUAAAGAGGAUCUUCUGGAGAUAAAGGAAGAACCACUAAGUGAUAUAGAAGAUGGAGAUGUGAUACCAACAGAUCUCCCUCUAGUGUGUAUGCUGUGCUGCAAAGAACUGAACAGUGUUACUGGUUUGAAGGCUCAUGUAAUUGCUCAACAUUCUUAUAAAUCAGUAAAACGAAAGUCUGGAAGUUGUUCACCAGAGAAGAGGAAACGGAAGCAGGAAUUUGUUUGUGGUACAUGUCAAAGGAGAUUUAUGACAUCAACAGAUCUAAUGGUUCAUGAGACUUGUCACAACAAAAGUAUAUGUUACGCAUGUUCAGCAAAGUUUGAUUCAUUUGAACAGCUCACAAAGCACAGUCGAAAGUGUAAAGCUAUUGCAAAUAAGGAGCCUCAAAAACCCAAGACUUUGGAGGAUGUUAAAAGAGUAAACAAUAGUAAAAGAGAACGUCAAAAACAAUACAGGGAGCGGAACAGAGACAAAUUGAAACAUCGUGAAGCGGAAAGAAGAAAGCGUAUACAAUCUUCACAAAGCAUUAUCGGAUCUACCUCUUCAAACUCAAAUAUAAUGGAAGUAAAUAAUGAAGAACCAGUAACUGCUAUUUCAUCUCCUCUUCAAAAUAAAAGAGACCGUCAAAAAAGAUACAGGGAAAAGAACAGAGAAAAAUUGAGUCAGCGUGAAGCGGAAAGAAGGAGACGUCUACAGAAUGCAGAAAGUAUUAUAGAAUUACAUUCUUCUCCAAAUAUAGAAAAUAGAGAAAUAAUUACAGAACCAAUAAAUAGAUGAAACCAAUAAUUCGUGAUUCGUUUUCCAUCAGUCAACCGAUAAAGAAACCAGCAAAUGUGACUUUUAAAUGUGAGUUAUGU